AGUUCAUAGGACGCAGGAAAGUUCUCCGCAGACAAAUGUUUGGCGCUCUCCAUGACCGAGUACACGUAGAAAUCCCCGAGAACUGAUCUGCGGGCUGCACACUCGGAACAAGCACAAGAACGGAGAGGCGCUUCACUGGGGGAAUAGAGGAAGAGGAGAGGAAGGGGGAGAAAGAGAGAGAGAUAUCUUAUCUCACUCUCCAACUUGAGGUUCAGCGGAUCGCAACUGCAGGACAAUGUCUAGUAAAGCGACUUUAGCCUUACUCAUCUAUGGAAUCAUAAUGCAUUACAGCGUCCACUGCUCACCUGUGGGGCUUAGCUUUCCAAGCGUUAGACUUGACAGUGAGGUGUAUGAUGAGGAUGGGAACUCUUUACCGUCCCUGGAUUACGACAGAGAGCAGAUGGAGGUGAGGAGCCCUCCGUCUGCGGCGGACGACGUCUUCACUUUGUAUUUCCCACCAGAGAAAAGAACGGAAAGGCAUGCAGACGGCAUGUUUAAUAAAGCCUACAGGAAAGCGCUGGGUCAGUUAUCAGCCAGGAAAUAUCUGCAUUCUCUGAUGGCAAAACGUGUAGGCGGGGGGAAAACGCUGGACGACAGCUCAGAGCCUCUGUCCAAGCGACACUCAGACGGGAUCUUCACAGACAGCUACAGCCGCUACCGGAAGCAAAUGGCAGUCAAGAAAUACCUGGCAGCAGUCCUGGGGAAAAGCCUUGAAGACAUAGGUUUUCACCCAAUCCUACAAGACAUAGACUUUGAUGCCCUCCCGGACGGGGAUGAGCUUGAGGCUUUUUUGGGAGACUGGCUGAAACAGUUUUCUCCCGAAUUUCCGGUGAGUUUCAGGCUCUUUCCCCGAGGCCGUAAUCCUUGCAGGGGCUCCUCAUGUCCCUUCCUUUUUCACCUUUAACCACUCAAACAUUCUUCCGCCUCAUUUGUGCUCCUGUCUCUCUAGAGUCUCACACCCUUAAUCAUCCCACAAUGUGGAGGGACUUUGCUUAGACUGAUUGAUCAAAAGUUACAGAUUUAUGGAACAAAGACGAUGAUUAUUUUAGUAGACCUGGGCUAAACCAGAUGUGAGCCCUGCUGGCACUUUACACUUUUAAGAUAUCCCUUUUCUCAAUUCAAAAUGGGACAAUUUCAAAUCUGAGAUGAGGACCAGAGUACUUUUGAGGUUUUUCUUUCUUCCGCACUAUUUACGGAGUGAGAUCACACCUUUGACUCAUGUACAUUGCCAAUCCUGUGUUUCUAUCAACUGGUUUCUGCUGAAGAUUUUCUCUCUGUCCAUAUAAUAAGUAUCACUAAAUCAGGCACAUUUUUAAAAAAAAGAAUAAAAAAAAGAAGAAAUGAUACUUGUUACAUGGUCACUCAUUCAUCGAUUUGCUCCUGAGAGACAUACGAGGCAGUUUGAACUUUUGUGUUUGAACUUUCUGGGUCUAUUUUGCUUCCUUUUCUGUCAUGUGAACCAAUGUAAAAAAAAAAAAGAAACAGUAGAUUGCAUGAUUAAAGUAAUUGCACUAGCCACUGCAUCUGUGCAGCCGACUCCAACUAGAUGGUUUUGCUUGCUUUCUGACUACUGCAAACAUACAUACCUGUCAUUUCUCGAUGUCGUUUUGUGUUCUGUUCUCACAAGGUGUAUGUCGAACUUGAAUAAUUAUUUGAAUGUACUUACUGCUGGCAAGAAUCACUCAGUCAAAUGUCAUGAUUUAUCAUUCUGUUACUAAACCAACUGAUUUUGUUUUAAAUUGUAAUACACAAUUUGAAGUGGUCUUUUUCUGUAGAAGGCCACAAAGGCUGCCAUGAUUGACACAAUUAGAUUCAAAGAAAAGGAGAAAGACAUCGAGGAAAUAAAGAAAGCAACGAUCAAGAACAUGCUUAUUUUGAAAAGUCGAGGGAGAACAGUUUGUAAAAUCUGCAGGAUAAGACUCACACAUUCCCCCCGUCUUUAUACUUCUUACCAUAUUUGUGAGGAAGGGCAGGGUAAAGUUAUUAGAUUUGUGUUUGCUGUAUCAAUCUUUCUUUAAUUUUGCAUUCUCCUCUAGGCUUUGUGACGCAGGAAGCAGUUUGCGGCUGUGGUGCCUUGCAUCGACUUUAAAAUCGCCAUUGAAUCACAGAUGGCUAUUUAGUGGCCCUACA